AUGUGUCAAAUGUGGCAGAGCAUACGCUAUGGCGUUCGGUGGAAUCCCGCAGAACGUCUUGCCUUAGCGUCCAGAGGAUUGAAUUUAUCUAAAGUCAAAGCCAUUGACAUUUCCAUGGAUCCCUUCCAUACGGGCAAUCAUUCUCUCCGAACUUUCUGGCACAGCAUUUCCUCUCCAAGAGUACGUAUGACGAAUCCGACAGUCAAAGUGAAAACAGAGAUUCGAAAUGACCGACAAGAUCCUUUCUUCAUCGCCACUCUGGAUGAUGGAAGAAAAUUACAAUUCAAAACUAAUAAUAUGCCUGCCGCCGACUUAAUUAUGAGAUUUAACCGUCUGUUAGGUAAUCCCGAAUUAGGAAAAGCCGGUACGAGACCUCGUCCAAAGAUCUGA